CACAAAAGAAAGAUGGCGGACGGUGAGUUAGCAUAUGAUCGCUUUCUCUUCCAAUAGAAACUCAUAUGGCCUCUAAAACUUGCUAUUAUGUUUCCUAGCCUCACAGAAUUACGAAAUUGCGUCCAGUUUCGUUGGCUUCACGAAUAGUUCCUAUUUGAAGUGCUGCAUUAAGGUUUCUUUGAUUUUUCUUGCUAAUUUCAGGUCAGCCGGAACAAUCUUUAGAGGAAGUGUUAAGAUCUAUCAAACACGUGAUACUGGUUCUAUCUGGCAAAGGGGGAGUUGGUAAAAGCACUGUGACUACCCAGAUUGCAUGGACUCUUUACCAUCAUGGGAGAAAGGUUUUUGUUUUUGUUAUUGUUGUUGGAAAAGUAGUAACAUGAACAAGGAUAACCAAGCUUGUCUGCAAGCCAUGUCUCAAAUAAUUUGCCUGAUAUUACUGAUAAGAUGAGUAAAAACUUGCAAGAAGAGCAGUUCAGGUGGAAAAGAGAACAAGAAAAUACUGUGGAACCCUCCAAGUUAAAUUUUUCCUUUGGUGGCCAUUUGGCGACCAAUUCUUUAGGUUUAGUCGCCAAAGGAUUUUUCUAGCCGCCAAAAUAUACAUCAAUGAAUUAAGUUUUAAUAAUUGGUUAAUAAUUAAUUUGGAUUUAAGAAUGGUGUUGUUCAGCCAAAACAAUCUUUGUAAAUGCCAUUUACCGUAUUCACAAGUGUAUACGGUAACUUAUAAUCCAUGUCGAGUAACAUCCAUGUUGUUUCCUCAAGUAUCAGUUUUCUCUGGUCGCCAACUUGGCAAGUAUUUACUGAAUCAAGUCACCAGUAGCAAAAUUUUAGUCGCCAUGGUGCCUAAAGUGGUUGGAGCUUGGAGGGUUGCUGUGCUGGGUCCUUUGACCUGGCUAUCUGUGACCUCUUAUUCCCUAGUACCCAGGUGGGAUACUCCUUAGAACACCCACUCACAAGUUUGUCUGACUGGUUGGGUCCGGUUUUUGAUGGCUUCAGGUCUAGAAUGGAGUUUUCAUAUCUGAGAUGUUUCCUAUAACAGGGUAUGAUAAAGUUCUAGAACAGGUUACUUAAAAUAAGUUAGCAUGUUUCUUCAAAUAAGAAGUUAUUUUGAACCUAAAACCUCUCACAUAAGGGAUCCAUUUUUUGUAGGGCUUAGUGGUAUAUAUCCACUCUGUAAAUAGUUACCAGAGUUCCCUUUCUCCGGUUGAUCCCUAUCUGUCUGAUACUUAAUCUGACCAUUUUGAUGGCCCACCCAUCGGCAGUACAAAUUACCCAGUCGACACAAAGAGUUCAAAAAAUUCUCCCAUUCAGUCAUCUUGGAUAGGUAGAGAUAUUCUUGCUGGCAAGUAACUUUGUUAGCUUGCUUACCUAAUGGGCAAGGGCUUAUGCAAGUCGUCUUGUAAAUACAUGUAAAUCAUUUACUAGGACAAGCAAGCAGUGAUCCCAGGCGAGCAAGAUGUGAUAGCUGCUUGCCCAAAGAACAUGGUCAAAAUAUACCAAUUUUGUUAAAUUCCUGGUUCAAUUCAUAAAGCCUUUUUUGCUUUAAUUAUCUUUCAGGUUGGUAUUUUGGAUGUUGAUUUAUGUGGACCAAGCAUUCCAAGAAUGAUGAAUGUAGAGGAGAAAGAUGUACACCAGUGUUCUGCUGGGUGAGCAAUAAAUAACUUACCAGCAAUUUUGUAGUGAAAAAAAUGAAAUACAAACCUAGCCUUGGUGAACGAAAACUAGAAAAAUUGAUGGUGGAUCUUGGAAUCAUUUCAUCCAGUCUUGCAAUCUCUAAGGAGCAUUAAAUUGUGAUGAGUUAGGCAAGUUUGUUUCAUGUUUGUGUUAACUGUUCUAAGUUGUAAGAUUUUCAAACAAUUAUUUGGCCAGUUUUUUUAAUUAAACCAUUUGCUACCUGUAAAAUUAAUAAUAAUGUGCUAAUCACCAGCCUGAGCUUAAUAUUCAUCACCUAGCCUGUACCAGGCUCUUGGUCAGUGCAGAGAACCAAAAAAGCAGGCAAGCAGCGAAAUAGCAAGGCAGUGAAAAAUUGUCUCCUUGCAAAUGUGAGCUGAUAAAAUUGUAAGUAGAAAAUGCUGAAGAUGUAAUUGACCAUAUUUUCUUUAAUUCGGUUGCAUCAUAAAUGUCAUUUGCCCUUAAUUUCUUCUAAAUUCAUUUCAGAUGGGUUCCAGUUUAUACAGACAAGGAUCAACGACUGGCUGUCAUGUCAAUAGGAUUUUUAUUAAAUAGCAGAGAUGAUUGUGUAGUGUGGAGGGGGCCAAAGAAAAAUGGUAUAAAUUUGUGUUCUUAUUAACUUUCUUUGACCCAUAUUUCAACCUGUUUUUACUCUAUGUGCAAGCUUAAAAUGGAAAAUUCUCUUUGUUUUUAAAACUCCGCAAAUGUUUUUUUAUAGCAUCGUUAUUAUAACUUCUAUUUUGGGCUUUCGGUUCUCAUCUUUUUUGCAUUUCUUAUUAAUUUUUCUGGGCUUUUACUUGGCUUAAUUCAUGUAGGAAGCACCAGAGGGUAGCAAGUUAGAUCAAUUUUCUCUUUUACCAGUUAAAGCAACAUGAUUUUCUUCAUGCACUGUCGACCCUGGCCUGCUUACAGGAAUCACUCCCAUUUGGGCAUGGUUCAAAAGAUCUUUUUAUCCUUCAUGAAUCAUACAGACUGUCCAUGUAGAAGUGUAAUAAAUGUUAAAAAUAAACCAGCGAUAAUAAUGAUCAUGAGGGUCCAAUUAGUUAAUUAUUUUUAUUAUCCUUUUACUGUUUAGCAAUGAUCAAGCAGUUUUUAUCAGAUGUGUGUUGGGGUGAGCUGGAUUACUUAAUUAUUGAUACACCUCCAGGUAAGAUUUUUUUAACAAUAAUUAACUUACAGUGUAAAGGAAAAUAUGUGUUGCAAAUCAAAUAAUAACUACCUACAUGUGACAACUGCCAAAAUUAAUGUAGCUUUAGUCACAUGAAUGAAAGAACUGAGACCAAACUUCUUGCAGCGUACAUGUAUUUUAUUUUUUCUUGUUACAUGUAAUUGUUACUAUGCCAAUUUAAUUGUUUAUACUACUAGAUGAGAAAUUUCUGCAAUUUGAUUGGUUUAGAGCAGUGGUAUUUCAGCUUAAUUUGAAAUACCCACAUGUGAAAAUUACAGACCUUUUGCGGGUAGUAGUAUAAACAAAUAAUAGCAUGAUUUGUACGUGAUAUUUGGCAUAAAUACCACUCGUGAUAUUUCAAAAUUGUCUCAAAUUUCACUCGCCUAACGGCUCAUGAAAUUACGUAUAACAAUUUUGAAAUAUCACUCGUGGUAUUUGUGCCAAAUAUCAUUACAAAUCAUGCUAUUACCUAUACAUAUAGCAGUGCUAGAUACAGACCUUGAGAUAAGGGGGGAGGGGUGGUCAUCCCAACCCUUAGAUAAAGGGGGGGGGGAGCUAUCCCCCCCAAACAUUUUUUCGGCCCUUCCAGCCUCACUUUGGUCUGAAAAUAAGGGGGGGGCCUCGGGGCCCCUCCCCUGGAUCUGCCACUGCAUAGAGCCAUGUUUGUUGCUGGACCUUUUUUAAUGUUUUUAACUCCAGGCACAUCUGAUGAACACAUAACAGUCGUGGAAAAUCUUAGGAAUUACAGCCCAGAUGGAGCCAUUCUUGUCACUACUCCUCAGGUAUAAGCCAGCUCUUUCUGUAGUUUUUAUUUCAGUCUAGUUAAAUUAACCAACCUGUAACCAUGAACAGAUUGAUAGUUUACAAUCAUUUGCAGCAAGCAUUGAUUAAACUGCACAUCUGUGUAGCAACACAGUAGUACAUAACAAAUAAACACAAUGCUAAAAAGAUAUUUUGACUUGACAUGGUAACACAAGUACUGGUAAUACAGUAGUGUCAGUCAUGGCCCACAAAUAAAGAUAGAAACAAAUUAAAUAUUAAUAUAUAUAAACAAGUAAGAAUCUCAACUGGAUGGAGGCAAGCCAGUUGGCUAUUUACCAGCUCUGAUCACACAGUUGAACCCAGGACUCUAAAGUACAAGUCCAGCUAGGGCUAGGAUAGGGCUUGAACUGAGGGCCUUCAGAUUACAAGUCGAGUACUCUCACUUUACGUAAGUUUAUAAUUUAUGAAAGUUUGCAUGUAACACUGAUGUCUUGACCAUUGUUGUAUAUUUAAUUUUUCCUUUUCUCUUGUUGAUGGCAUUGUGAAUUUUUAUAUUAAUUUGUAUUUUUUUGUGGCUGUAAUUUGUGGUGUUUUUUAUAAAGUAAUUUGUUAACUUUUUGCCAUGUUUUUGUUUUGUAUUCACUAUUUAAGAGUGAAAAAUUAAUAAAAGCUAUUAAAUUACAAAAAAAAUCCAUUACUCCAACUGCUUAGCUAUGUUGCCUCGUUGUAUAGUCAUUUUUAAAAAAAUCUUGCUUGGUUUAUUGACUUUUCAAAUUUGACACUGACGAUGUCUUUUGUAAAAUAGCAUGUAAAAUGGCAAAAACAAUAAUAACAAGCAAAGUUGCUGACUUUUCUGACAUUUAGGCUAUCUCUGUGGUCCUCAUAUUGUUCAGUUAAACUUUCAGCUUUUAACUUUAAAAGCAACAUGUAUGGCAGUUAAUAUUAAGGUCAAUUUUUUUGUGCACAGUUGUUUCCAAGUUAUAAAAUUCCUUUUUUUCUUAUUUGUUUGAGCCUAGAUAGAGAUACCUUAAAGAUCCUUAUCAUUAAAAAUAUUGUCAUUCUUGAUCUCCAGGGUGUUGCCGUGUCUGACGUCAGAAGAGAACUUUCCUUCUGUAAGAAAACAAAAAUUCCAGUCUUGGGCGUGGUUGAAAACAUGAGUGGAUUUGUCUGUCCUCAUUGUAGUGUAAGUUGCCCAGGCAGACAAUUAGUCGACAAAAUCAUAAUUGAAUUCAGUGUAGAGCAUGGCAAGAGAUGAAGUGCAGUACUGUACAUAGAUAAUAUAGUCCCACCUCCUGUAAGCAACCACUCAACAUUUAAAGAUUUAGUGGUUGCUUAUGGGAGGUUGUUGCUUAACACAAUAAUCAAACAACAUGCCUGGGAUCUUUUCUGAGUAGGUCCCAACACAACUUCUUUUUGCACGAAAAUUAAUUGCCUGCACCUUCUUAUAGUUUCAUGUUUACUGAGAGCUGUUCCCAACUUCAUAUAAUGUUCUGCGUAUUGCAGUUAAAGAUGAGCAAGCAUAGAGAUCAGAAUAUACGUCUAUGGAUGACCAAAUGGUGCAAAAUUUAAGAUACAAUAUUGGCCUUAUGUUCAAAAAUUUCUUAUCAAUUACCUUAAUAAGGACUUUUUGAGAGCGAACCCAAUUCUGCUUCUUAAAUUUUGUACCAUUUGGCAUUCCAUAUGCAUCAAGCAGUUGCUUAUAUGCAUUUAAAAACAAUGGAAUAUUAUGGAACCUUUUAAUUUCCAGAGAUACGGAUAAAUAUAGCUGACUUUUUUUAUUAUUGCAGGAAUGUACAAAUGUGUUUUCUAAAGGAGGAGGAGAGGCUUUAGCAAAAACUUGUGAUGUUCCAUUCUUAGGUAUAAACGGCACCUUCAAAAUAUUAUAAGAGUGGAGCCUCUAUUCUGGGGACACCUUUGGGAUUAGGACAAGUGUCCCCUGAAUGGAGAUGUCCCUUUAAUAAAGUUAACUAAUGCAAAGAUUAUAUGUAGUGGAGCCUUCAUUCAGGGGCCACCCUCAGGACCAGGAGAAGUAUCCCCUGAAUGGAGAUUCCCCCUCAACAGAGGCAACUGCAAAGUGCAACGAUGCAAAGCGGAACCUCCAUUCAGGGGACACUCUUAGGACUCAAAGAAGUGGCUACGAAUAUGGCCUAAGCUCAGGUCCCAAAGUCAGCACUGUAUGUGGGUUGAGUUUGUUGUUGGUUCUUAUCCUUGCUCUGAGAUUUUUCUCCAGGUAAUCUUGCUUUCCCUUGUCUUAAAAAACCCAACAUUUCCAAAUUUUUAAUUCAGUCUGGAACACGCUAACCUUUUGAAAUGAGUGUUUGAGGUAUCCUUAGUAUUUUGUGAGUUAAAAAAAAAUACACUUACUUAUGUUUUCCAGUGCAGAUCCAUACCGGUUUUACCGUUUUACGAAAAUCAGACAGAUUUUUCAUAAUAAAUGUAUUUUUACUAAAAAACUUUAAACUUUCCAAGUGGUAAUCUGGAAAAUGGUUUGAACAGUCAGAAAACAUCCUGUCCAAAUGAGUCAGAAACCUAGGAAAGGGGAAUUUGGGGAGUUAAAAUGCAAAAAAUUUCCAGGGAGAGCAUGCCCCAGGCAGACUUCCCUAGAAGUAGGAAAUCAGUCACUAUUUAUUCUAGAUCCGCACCUGGUUUUACAUGGCAAACUGGCCUUCCUUUACGCUGUCUUAGUGACCCACUGAUCACUGUUUUUCUGUUUUAUCUUUAUCUUUAUAUUUUAGGCUCCAUUCCGCUGGAUCCAAGUCUAGCACAGUCAUUAGAGGAAGGAAAAUCUUUUAUGGACCUUUUUCCCAACUCACCAACCCUCACUGCACUAAGUGAAAUCACAAACAAACUGUUAGAAAUGGAUAAGAGUGUGAAUGCAUAAUGAAUAUCAUUAGUGGUAAAAACACUCAAAGCUAAUUCAGUUUAAAAAAGU